AUGCCAGCCUCCCAAGCUUUGAUGGGGCUGGGAACGAGACUAUUGGGCGCGGCAAAAACAGCCAUUGCCGGAAACUUGGAAUGUUGGCCAUCUAGGAUGCUUGGAGCAUUUGACAGUUGUGACGUCUGGAUUAUUGUUUGUUGGACAUCGGACCCGCUGCUGCUCUACGCAAAUCAGUUUUCAGCAGGCGUGUACAGAGAUUCAGCACUAUUUGCUGUAGUUGCAGUAUCAAAUAAAGCUACCACUUGA